CGGCUUCUUCUUCUUCACCGAGCAACGAGGAGGAGAGGAAAACCGAAAAACAACCAGACGAAAGGAGGAGCGAGGGAGGCGAGGCUCCCUUGCCGUCGUUGGUUCGGCGGUACCUGCGUACCGAAGACACGCUGCCAGUCGCGAGGCGGUCGACGUGCUUCGCUCGUCUGCGGCAGGCUUCGCCGUCCGGGCAGGCCAUGCCUGCUUCCAGCGUGCCUUCUGCUCGGCGUGCUCGUCAUAUGGUCCCUUCAUUCCGGGCGACGCUAUAAUUGUUCUUGACUCCCGGAUACGAGGUGCAUCGGCGCGUUCUUGCGGAUACCCAACCAGGAAUGUGUGUCCAGUGUUCUUCCCAAGGCGGUGCGCGAUAAUCCGGGGGCUCAAGGGCGCGCGAGGUUCGAGAUCUCGUAAGCUCGUGCGCGAUCUUCGGGAUCUGGCGGUAGUGCUGUGUGCGGUCGUUUCGUGAGUGUCGACUCCUUCUUGGUGGUGCCGCGUGGAUUUUCAAGGCCGACCCUGCGGAGAGGAAAGAAUCGCAGCGUGCUUCUGUGUUUGUGUCCUCGUUACCUUUGAUUCGGUGGCACUGGGCGCGCGCCGUGAAUAGGGCCGACGACUGUGCCUUUUGUGCGACGACUCCGUGAUUCUAUUCCCUCCUCCACGGCGCGUUACAGCGCCCCGGAUUCUCUCUUUUGUGGAUGUAGCCAUGUGAACAGACGCAGGAGCCAGUCUGGUCAUGCGGGAGGCUUGCCGCGAUGGCGGACCUCCUUCGUCGGCCUCCUGCUCCAGAGUCCGGACCCUCAGGCAGCGCGCGGGGCUCGCGGUGCCGCUGGCAGUGCGUGCCACCGUUUCUGGGCAGCAGUGAAGCACGGGGUCCAAACUCUCGCGCCCUUGCUUUGACGUGGUGGAGCUGCCGGAGGAGGUGGAAAUGGCGGGUCCGGACCACGUCCCGACCCUGGCGGAGCGGCUGUACCAGGCAGCCGUGGCGGGACAGACGGACACCGUGGUCGAGCUGUGCCGGAUUGGAGCCAGGAUUGAGGCAGACGCGGAGGGUCGCACGGCUCUGCACAUGGCCGCCGCCAACGGCUACGUGGACACCGCUCGAGCUCUCAUCCUAGCAGGAGCCAAGGUCAACGCCCUGGAUGCUUGCGGCUACUCUCCCCUGCACCAGGCAGCGACCGAGGGUCACGAGGAAGUGGUGCGGCUACUCGUCAAGCACAACUGCCUCGUCGACGUUCAAGACGAAAUGCAUGGUAACACGGCUCUCCACGAGGCAGCUUGGAAAGGCUACAGUCGGACAAUUGAAGUUCUCUGUAAGAACAAGGCAAACGUGUACAUAAAAAACAAGGGCGGCUUCUCACCACUGCAUCUCGCGUGCCAGAAUGGUCACAACCAGAGCACGAGGGUUCUUUUGCUGGCUGGCUGCAAACCGGACAUCAAGAACAACUACGGUGACACUCCACUGCACACGGCUUCCCGCUACGGUCACGCCGGCGUGCUUCGGAUACUCAUCAGCGCGUUCUGCAACGCCAGCGAAGUGAACAAGAAUGGGGACAGCGGCCUACACAUCACGGCAGCGAUGGGCCGUCGAAAAUUAACGAGGAUACUACUGGAAGCCGGCUGUGACCCAACCAUUGUCAACAAGCAAGGGGAGACGGCGCUGGACAUCGCCCGGCGCAAGGAGUUCAACGAGGUGGCCGACCUGAUCGAGCAUCCGCCGCCGCAAGUGAUCCAGCUGGACUCGUCCUCCUCGCCGCUCGAGCAGCAGAGGCCCGGAGAAGGGGGCAAGAAACGCGAAAAGGAGAGCGGCACCUCGCAGGGCAGCAAGGACAGCGAGCACAACAAGGGUCGCACCAAAGACAAGCACAAGAAGAGCAAGCACGGCCACAAGGUGCAUUUUGACGACGAGAAGAAGGACAAGAAAGGAAAGCUGAGUCCUUACGGCUGUCACCAGACGCCCAACCUGAGCGCCUUCCCUUCGCCCAAGCUGGAGACACUGCCCGCCGAACCUUUGGGCAAGGGAGAGCAGUACUUCCUCGACCUGGCUGGAAACAUUCGCAAGGGCCCCGUCGGGAAAGGCUACACGUGCUACUGCGCGCCCUUCUUCCACAACGUGGAGAAGAAGCUCGAGGCGGACAAGCAGGAGCUGAUCGACCACAUCGACCACGCGCACGAGGACCUGAACGCCAAGAUCGCGCACUUGGAGCGCAAGACGCGCAACCAGCUCUUCAACCUGAACCAGUCGGUGCGCGAGAAGCUGGCCGCCGAGAAGACCGAGUGCCAGGAGCGCGUGGAGCGCGUCGCCCAGCGCGAGCGCCUCGAGCGAGAGCGGAGGCAGGAGACGCAGCACGCCGAGCUCCGCAGCGAGCUCCAGAGCUACGUGCGCGAGCGCGUGGCGCAGGUCGACUACCGCUGCAGCCCGCUGGGCCAGAGCGCGGACUGCAAGAACAGGUUCAGCGAAGUGCCGCCCCAUUGGUCGAGGAGGGCUAGGCUGCUGAAUGGUUUCUACGCCAACGGAGUCGCCAGGGCCAAGUCGGAGGAAGUCCUGCGAGACUUCAACGGCGCAGACGGCAUCGACGAAGAGGAACUGGCCGAAGCGACCAACGACCGAACCGUGAACGGGCGCGUGCCCCCGACGCAGGCUCCGCCACCAUCGGGGCUCUUCGGCAACGAAGUGGGUCUGCCGCCGCCCCCCGCGCACCUAGCGAACAGGGUGGCAUGCGGGACCCGGCCGGACUUCGAGAAACUUGGGGCGAAGCCCAAGUACCCGCUGUGGGACCACGCGGGAGGAGAGAGAACGAGUCCCUCGGCGCUGCUCGUCCACCAUCAGCAACAGCAGCAGCCGUCCCCUACCGCAGAAAGCAGAGGAGAACACGGGAUCCGUCGAAGUCCGGCGGACCAGGCAUCUCCGGGAACGGUGAGGCAUUUCAAGAGCCACGGAGACCUCACGGCGACCUACAAGAAGGAAGACUACCAGGACGAAGAGAAGGAGAAGGAAGAGGUCAGCAGCCCGAACCAUUCGCCGUCUCCGCCCGCCACGACCAACGGAACUCCGUGCGGGGAGGGUCUGCGGCCGUCGCCCUCGCCGGCUACCAACGGUGACUCGCCGCCGACAGCGCACACGACAGCUCAGGCGACAACGUCGACAACGACGACACCGCCGCCGACGCACCCGAAACCCGCCAAGCCGCCGCUGAUGCCGCGACCCACGCACCCCCCUCCUUACUCGAGCCACGUACAUCGCUUUUCGGCGACGCCGAGCAGUCAAGCGAGGCCGCUGCGAGUGUCGUACGGGCCAUCGCCCAGCGAACUGGCGGCGGCCGACGCGCUGUCGGGCUAUUACAACGGCGGUGCCGCAUACGCGAACGCCAACGGUGGUGCGGUCGAGGACCAGCUCUGCAAACUGAACGAGGGCCUCUCGUUGGACCCCGAGAGCGGAUGUCCCUCCAGUGAAGUGUGAAAGCGGGCCCCUCCCCUCGUCGCCUAAUGAAAAACACACACAUUCCGCACAGUGAGAGUGUCACACGCCCUACGAUGCGAAAAAAAAAAAAAAGAACUCACGAACCGUGGGCGAACUUAACUUCCUGUGUUGUUUAUUUAUGCCAUCACAUUUUUUUUUCUCUCAGUUAGCGAAGUGCUGGAACUGGAAUAGCGUGUCGCUCGAAGUGGACCUGCGUACCGUGAUGCCAUCGUUGAAGUAAUCAUGCCGUGAGAGGAAGCGAAAGCAGACGAUUUCUUAAUAUUUACGCGUCAGACCUAUAACUAGAUUUUCUUGCAUUCACUACAGAGAUACUUUAAAAACAUGCUUUCAUUCACAAUAACAAUGAGUGUAUAUUGAACAAAUAAGACGACUAGUGUCAUACUUACGCAGCGCUUAACAUAGUGUGAGGACAGCACUUUUUCAUAUGCGACUAGGCGUAGCUUACCUGUACAUCUCGCGAAAUAUUCGAUUCGUACAAACAUGGACGUGUCAGGCAGGAAAUGCCAGGCUCUACUAUAAACUGACAGUACAGUGCAAUGUAAAACAGCAUUUAAUGCAAAUAUAAAAGACACUCACAUUGUGUCUCGU